CAUGAAGUAUCUCAUCAUUAGCAUCUCACAGCGCUACCGAGAUCUUCUGACGAAGAAUGGCGGUGUUGUGGCUUCUGUGCGGUAUAUCCCUGCUUUUAUUUGAUUACAAUGCUUUUGGAAAAGAAAGAAGAUGCCCAAUGCCAGAUUACUACAAUGCUUGUGCAGAAGGAUCAAGAUACCCGGAAUCAGGUGAAAAACCCUGUCAACUGCCCCGAUUCCAGACUGCGAGGAAAGGCCAGAAUGUGAACUUUAUCUGUAUAAAAAAUGAUUAUGAUAGCAGGAAUGCCAACGUUACAUGGUUCAUAGGUCACCCAAAUGGCUCUGUAAUCAACUACCUUGUAGAGUCGGAUCCAGGAUUUCAUGGGACAUUUAAUAACAGUCGCAGAUGUUCCAGACUAAUAAUUAGCAAAAUCCAGGAACACAACAGUGGGAUAUACUUCUGCAAGUAUAAUAACAGUAAAGGGGAAUUGAAAUCUGGCUGUGGUUCAGAGCUCAAAGUUGUAGAUUGUACAAACACUGAAACUGUAAAUUCAAGAAACGCAAUGAAAGAUGCGAUUAUAAUGAUUCAGACUUUGCUUAUCCUGCUGUUUACCACCGUUCCAAUAUUCCUGCUAAAUGAGAUGAAUAAGAGACGCAGUGUGACUCUGGAAGAUCAUACAUAUGAGGGACUAGAAAUCGACCAUACCGCAACAUAUGAAGAUAUUCUUACUGUGCGACUUGCAUCAACAAAGCUCAUGGUUGGUGAACAUCCAUGUCAGGAGUAGGAGAUACGUGGUUUGGAUGCCACAAAUAAAAAAACACAAGGAGACUAGAUUCAUGAUACCACAGAAUCUUAACUGGAAAACUAGCACUUAAAAUCUUUGAUAUUUUAUUAAAUUUUUAUGUUUCAUAAAUAUGUUUAUAUACAAAGAUACAAUUUGAUUUUUAAUUACAAUAUUAUUAUCAUCUUUAUAAUAAGCAUUGCAAGCAAAAAAAAAAAAAAAAAAAAGGAAAGGCAUGUGCCCCAUAAUA